UAUAUAAGCGACGUUUUACGUGUUUCACUAACUACUUGCCUCUGAGUUCGCGACAAACGUUUUAUUGGGUAGAAAUUGGAAAGAUGAUCUUGCCAAUUAUUUUCACUGCCUUGAUUAAUCUGGCUCCCAUUCAAGGCAAGACGGAGUUGGGACAGGUUCCAGUUUUCCGACCAGAUAAUUUCACGCACUUUGACGUCUAUGCUAGUGCACUUCAUAAAGCCCAUUACAACCCUUGGACCUGCGAUUACAGAAGCGAGCCAGGCUAUAGAUGUUUGAGUUGCAAAAGUGCACUUCACUGCUACCCUGGCAACUUCGCGCUACUGGUACAAUGUGCUGGCAUCUUCGCAUAUUGUCGAAAUGGCUACUGUUCAAGGUUUAAGUCUAAUGAAUGUGAGUUAUUAGAAUCUGACCACCACUCCAUUACUAGUCAUAGCAGCACAUUGCCACCGUAUGUACAACAAGAGUUCAAUCUAAUAAACAAGACUACCGAAGCGCCUGCCGCAUUGAGUGAUAUGGACUCCAAACCACAAGAGAGUACUUCGAAUGUCAUCUCUACUCAGUUGAACGAUCCGAAUAGAAUAGACGGUAGUAUGACGUCAGACGAACAGACAAACGAUCCAGCGAAAGUAAAUGUAACCGAAACAAACAAAAAUAAAUGAAAAAAGUCCGUUAUUAUGAAAUUAAUAUGAUACGAAAGCAUUGUUCGAAAGUGAUUUAUGUGUUAAGUAACUUAAACUUACCUAAAUAAAUAACUUAUUUAUUAAA